UGAGGUGUUACUGGUGGCCAUCUUUUACACACAGCUGACUAGCUACUACUACUAGCAACAAGGAGAAACAGACUUUUACUUUGCUUCUAUUGUCCUCCAAGAAUGGGGAUACACUGCAGUGAUUUGAGAAAAUGGGGGAAAGGACCAUAUGCUAAGAUGAUUCUGUCUGUCUGCUAUUUCCUCCUGGAUGCACUCGCAUCACCUCAAACUCAACCUCUCUAAAUCUGACCUCCUUUUCUUUCCCUCCUCCUCCCCCUCCUCUGAUCUCUCUAUCUCUGUUCCUCUGGAAUCUACCACACUCUCUCCCUCUUCCUCAGCUAAGAACCUUGGAGUCACCCUGGACCCCUGCCUCUCUUAUUCCCAGCACAUCUCCACUCUGGCACGCACUUGCCGAUUCUUCCUGAGCAACAUCCGAAGAAUCCGACCCUUCCUCACCAACUAUGCUACCCAGCUCCUGGUCCAGGCCCUGGUACUCUCCCGCCUAGACUACUGCAACUCCCUCCUGGCUGGCCUCCCUGCGUCCGCCACCCGUCCGCUCCAGCUCAUCCAGAACUCUGCUGCUCGCCUGGUGUUCUCUCUACCUCGCUUCGCCCACGCUACUCCACUACUCCGCUCGCUCCACUGGCUCCCGAUCACCGCUCGCAUCCAGUUCAAGACUCUUGUACUAGCCUACAGAUGCCUUGAUCAGACUGCACCCAGCUACCUCCAGACCCUCAUCUCUCCCUACACCCCCACUCGACCUCUCCGCUCCGCCUGCACUAGAAGACUGGCUCUACCUCCGCUACGCUCCCCUGCCUGCCGAGCCCGCUCCUUCUCCACCCUUGCUCCGCAAUGGUGGAACGACCUUCCUACAGAUGUCAGGACUGCCCAGUCCCUGACCACAUUCCGGCGCCUCCUUAAGACUCACCUCUUCAAACAGCACCUGUAGAACUCCUCUGUUGUAUCCUGGGACACUAUCACCCUUCAUUUAAAUAUGCUUUAUUUUGCUCUUAUCUGCCCCCUAUUUUACUGCAUUUAAUCCUGUACCUCAGAAUAUUGUAA